AUGGCGUCACGUGUCUACCUGCCCCCGCACGUGACUGACGAGGCUGACGAAUCAACGGCCGCCACUCCUGAAUCCCCACAAAGUUCCUGGUCGUCACUUUCGAGUCUCAAAUCACCACGUUCCGACACAAGCCUGGCCAGUUCCAAUUCAGAUGACGACGGUAAUUACACUCUUGUCCAAAUCCACAUUCCGUUGCCGUCGAGACCAGAGGACUUUAAUCCCGACGACGUUACCGUCUCCGUUGUGCCGCCCAGGGGACAUCGGCGCCCAGUGUGCGAAGGUGGUCACGGUUCUUCCCACUACCAUAUCUAUUCCAACCCCAUGAAUGGAGCUGCUGGUCCUCCUCCCCCUUCCGGUGGUGAGGGGGUCACAGCGACAAUUUCAUCCAAUAUGCCUGCAGCAGGCGGAGGUCCGCCCAAGCGUACCGGUCCACUACCGAACCACGUCCAGGUCGCAAAAUCAUACGUCUUUGAACAGGAGAUCCAAAAGUGUCUUAAGGAGAACGGCGUCAGCCAGGCCAGAGAGGACAAUAUAAGGCUGGCUGGAGUGCAGUGGAUCGAUAAUGUGAGGAGGGCGUUGAAGUUACCAGUCAGAACGUUCAACACAGCCGUUGUGUACUAUCACAAGUUCCGACUACAGCAUUCCGACGGAGAGUACAGUUUUGUGGACGCAUCAGCAGCGGCACUUUUCACCGCCUGCAAGAUCGAGGACACACUCAAGAAAUCUAGAGACAUUCUGUGCGCGGCGCAUAACUUGAAGGUUCCUAGAACAGAGCAGUUGUCACCGGAUGAUCAGGUCUUUGAGCACCAUUCACGCACAAUCAUCGGCCUUGAACGACUCAUGCUCGAAGCCUCGGGGUUCGACUUUCGCAAUCGGCACCCACAGGAGCUCCUCAUCAAGUUCGCCAAAAACUACGACCUCGCCAAAGGCUCACCCGUCGUCAAGACCGCGUAUUCGAUCUCCCUGGAUCUCUACAGAACCUGGGCACCGCUGAAACAAACGACAGCAACAAUGGCGUUCGCUUGUCUUGAGCUUGCGGGAAGGCUACUGGGCGAAGAAAACGACGCCAUUGGGACGGGAAGGGACUACGAUGAGUGGAAGACUGGGAGAGGGAUGGUGAUGGAAACGCUUCUGGACCUCCUCGAACUCUACACCCACCACCGCAAUUCGACGGUCGUUGGGCCGAUGUUCCCUGUCGACACGUUCCUCGAAGUGCGCAUCCCGCUGAACAUGGAGUCCGAGGAGAAGGAGAUCCCGCGCUUCACAGCAUGGGUGGGAGCCGACGAUGGGUCGACCGCAGCUGACCACGCGAAAGGCGGUUACGGCCACCACAACGUGAACGGAACGGGGAAUAUGAACGGCUCCAAGUCCGCCUCGUCGAGCAAGAACGUGAGUCCACGAGACGUGACGAGCCCGCGCCGAAGCAGUGCUGCGAGUUCUAACACCGCCCCUGGCGCCGCUGUCAAUCCAGGCCCUGGAUCCGGUCCCGGCUCUGGAGCGGCUAUGGGGAUAAAGCAGCGUGUCGGCGAGAGAGGGCGUGAGGGCACUGUGCGCUUCAUUCUCAACCCGGAUAGGGAGAGGGAAGAAAAGGCGGUUAUCGAGACGUUCCGCAAUCCUUGA